UGUCCAUGAACACUUACAUUUAAUUAAUAAGUACGAACUACCUUCAUCAUGGCGUGGCAUAUUUUGCACGGUUUAUUGGAGCAGGUCAGAGUUCAAUCCACAUUUCCCGGGAAGCUUUGGAUCGUCAUCAUGUUCAUAUUUCGGAUAGUUGUCGUAGCAAGAAUAGGUGACAUGGUAUAUCACGAUGAACAGUCCAGUUUUGUAUGCAACACACUGACGCCUGGUUGUGAGAACGUUUGUUUCAACAGAUUCAGUCCAAUAUCACAGCUAAGAUAUUGGUCAUUGAUGGUUUUGGUAGUUUCAACACCAUCCAUUUUGUUCUAUCUUUAUGCCAUGCACAUAAUCUAUCAUGCUGACGUCAAAUACCCCGCUGAUGGCGAAGAUAAUAAGAUCGCACCAUCACGUAUGAGUUCUGAAGCUUCAUACAUUCAUCCACCAAGCUUAAAGAGACGAAGGGACUCUGGUAAUAUGCCGAACGGGGGUGUUACUGCUCCGCUUUACGAAGUCAAAAAAAUUAAUACAGAUGGGAGGUAUAAAACGUCGAGAUUAUCGAAAGAUGUUAGGCACCGACAUAGGCGACGUAACAAUCGAGAUGACGCAAGUGACGUGAAAGGUCCAGAAGGACAAAGAAAGCCGUUAUCUGUUACCGACAACAACGAAUACGUAAAUGAAGAUGUUAUCGUUGAUUACAGGGGAAAAUAUCCAAUCUACGUUGAUACUCGAGGUCGUCGGAUAGAAUAUAUGAAAGAUUCUCGUCUGCCGGGACCAGAGAAAGCCGCAAUUGAUGAAAGAAAAAUGAAGAGGAAGAUGUUAGAACAUCCAGAAUUAUACAGAGCUUAUUGGUGGCAUGUAUUCUUGCGCACAUUGUUAGAGGCCGCGUCAAUUGUCGGUCAGUACUAUUUAUAUGGACUUACAGUACAUGAGUUGUAUGAAUGUCCUACCUGGCCUUGUCCAAAGACUGUUGACUGCUUCGUCUCAAGGCCACAGGAGAAAACAUGCCUGCUAUGGCUUAUGUAUGUAUUAGGUGGUAUUGCAUGCAUUCUAAGUUUAGCGGAGUUCUGGGUUCUUGGAAUAAGAAGAGCAAAAGUAGCUUUCAUGUGUUGUACAGAAGAAGAAACAUUUGAAGAAAGGAAAAGAAGACUCGCAUUGUUAGAAUCUCAUGGACGUGAGAAGAAACAUGAUUCUAAUGAAGCACCGAUAAAACGAUUAACAAGUGUGGUUAGUUUGGACAGUUUGAGCAGUGACACUACGGUUGAAAGUGUGUGACAUCAUAUAAUGACGUCAUUAAAGAUACGUUGCGUGACAUCUUGGUCUCAUAAAAAGUGCUGGCGGGCGUUGACCAAUGUUUAUGCUUUCGUAGUCCACUAUUAAGCUUUUAAUGCAAUCACGCUAACUGUUCGAUGAUAAGUUAAAGUACUGGUAUUGACGAAUAUACUUGAAAUAGUUAUAUAUUUGAAAUUAUAAAUUAUUUCAAACGUCUGAAGCAAACACAUCGCUCAGCCUUUUUUUUUAAUCUAAAAAAACCAGUACUUUUCUUAUUUCUUCUGACAGCAUAGCACGUCAUAGUGACCACUCCAUUGCCAUGACAACACUGUAAUCAAUGCCUACUUUAAUUUUGUUUGUUUGGUUUUAUGUUUGUGUAGAGAAGGUUUUAUUUAGCUUAUUAUUGUUUCAUAUUUUAAUUUUCUUUCCAUAUUGAUCCCAGAUGCUUCAAAAUUACAACAGCUCUACAAUGUAACAUUAACCAUAACUAACAGAAAACGAAAUUUAUUUGAAUUGAGUAUGUUGUGUGGAAAAAACCCUGCCCGCUUUGUUAUUUUAUUCAUAAUUUUCGCGUGUGCUCAAUUCAAAAUUAAUCGAUUUGAGAUGACCAGUUUUCAUCAUAUCAGAUAGGAACAGAAAGAAGAAAAAAACUGAAAAUACAACUUAUUCCGGGAAAUUCCAAUGUCGUCAAUUUGAAUAUCAAACUAAAGUUCAUGCGUUGGAUAAAUUUAUUUGGUUUAAAGCAACAAUUUCUACAAAUAUAUUUGAGAUAAACAAAAUUAUGUUGUUAAAAAAUGUUUCAACUAUUUUAUCGCUUAAUUCUUCAAGAAAUAUGUAAUUUCUAUGCAUUUAUUAAUUGUUAGGACGCGUACAUUUCAAUGUAAUUCUAUAAUAUUUUAUUCACAUUAAAACAAGUAAAGAUAAUGCGUAACUGUGUAACAUUUAGGCGAGGAAUGUAGAUAUAAAAUUAAAAAUUUUGAUGGAAUAUCUCCGAUAUAUAUAUUAAAUUUCUGUCAUUUCUCACAACUAUUUAUAGAAUGUCAACGAUAUUAAUACUAGUAUUUGGGAACUGUAUUCCGCAAAUUUCAGAUAAUCUUAUCAAUUGGCAUUUGUUCCAAACGCUAAUGAAAUUUCGUAUGCAAUGAAUUGUUGGUAUUAUUAUGGUUUUAGGAAUGUUUUAUAAUAAUAUUAUAUUAUGCUUUUUUUUCUGACUGUGUUUUGCAAUUGCACGAAAACUUUGGCUUCACAGAAAUAAAAAUCUUAGCUUUUUGCAA